UGUCGCUGAAUUUGUCAUUUUCCGGUCGUCAGCGUACGCGCGAGUUUUAGCGAGUGUGUUGAGAAAAGAUUGUACAAAGAAAAAAUAAAAAAAGAGUCGCUAAAUAGUGCUAUUUAAUUAAGUUAUUAACUGACAAUAGAAACUACACACCAACACACUAAAACCACCAAUUAAAAUGGCAGACAAAGAAGUCAGUAUGGAAGUUAACGGUGAAGACUUCACCAAGGAUGUGACCACCAAUGAUGUGGCGAGCUCUGAAAAUGGUGAUGCGACUCCCGCUACCGGCGCCGCUGCAAAUGGCAGUACCGAAAAUGCAGGCGCUGCGAGUAACCAGCGCGAUGACGACAGAAAACUGUUUGUUGGCGGUCUCAGUUGGGAAACCACUGAAAAGGAACUUCGCGAUCAUUUCGGCAAGUUCGGUGAUAUCGAGAGCAUCAAUGUGAAGACAGAUCCUCAGACAGGAAGGUCGCGAGGCUUUGCCUUCAUUGUGUUCACCAACACGGAGGCAAUCGAUCAAGUUAGCGCCGCCGAGGAGCACAUAAUCAACAGUAAGAAGGUUGACCCCAAGAAGGCCAAGGCGCGCCAUGGCAAGAUCUUCGUGGGUGGCCUCACCACAGAGAUCACCGAUGAGGAGAUCAAAACCUACUUCAGUCAGUUUGGCAACAUUGUUGAGGUGGAGAUGCCAUUCGACAAGCAAAAGUCACACCGCAAGGGAUUCUGCUUCAUUACCUUCGAUUCGGAGCAGGUGGUCACCGAUCUGCUGAAGACACCCAAACAGAAAAUCUCCGGCCGGGAAGUUGAUGUGAAGCGCGCGACGCCAAAACCUGAGAACCAAAUGAUGGUCAUGCGAGGUGGAGCGCGAGGUGGCAUGAGAGGAGGACGUGGUGGAUACGGCCGUGGUGGUUAUAACAAUCAAUGGGAAGGCCAGAAUUCGUAUUCGGGAUAUGGCGGCUAUGGCGGUUAUGGUUCCGGUGGUUUUGCCGAUUACUAUGCCGGUGGCUACUAUAAUGGAUAUGACUAUGGUUAUGACUACGGUUAUGGCGGCGGCUUCGAUGGUGGCUUCGGCGGUGGCAAUGGCUACGGCAGCGGAGGCGGCGGUGGCGGUGGCGCUGGUGGCGGGCGCGGUGCCGGCGGACCGCGCGGCGGCCCAAAAGGCGGCGGCGGCUUCAACGGCGGCGGCAAGCAGCGUGGCACUGGACGCCAGCCCCGACAUCAGCCCUAUUAAAAAGGGGGCGGGGCAGGUAGCCCUUACCCCUAACCACCGUCGCAUCUACUUAUAUAUAUCUGCAAACUAUUUGAAUUUUUAUUAGUUUAGUUUGUUAUGCAUACUACGAAACAACACACACACAAAGAAACACCGAAUACAUACACACACACGCACACACACUCGCAUCCAUAUUGUAAGAAGUCUACAGAAGCGAACUGCAGGCAGACCUCAAAUAUUUCUCAUGGCAGCAAAAAGCAAACGCAAAACCAACAUUACACACACACUUGUUGUGUGGCACCAUUCCAACAACAACAGCAACAAUAACUACAGAACAGCGGCAACAACAACUAGCAGAAGAGAAGAAGAACACCAACAGCGGAAAAAGCAACAAUAACACAAUAUGGUUAGACAAAGAGAGAGAGUUUAGGCUUGGAGGGUGGUUAAUUUUUCAUAGUCACACUUGCUAGCAAGAAGCCCCCCAACUCAGCAGAAGAAACAGAAGCAGAAAAAGAAGCAGAAGCAGAAGUAGAAGCAGAAGUAGAAGCAGAAGCUGAAACAGAAACAAGUCGAAACAGAAGCAGAAAUAGAAGCGGAAAAAGAAGCGGAAGUAGAAGUAGAAGCAGAAACUGAAGCAGAAACAAGUAGAAGCAAAAGCAGAAGCUGAAGUAGAAGCUGAAAAAAAAGAAGAACCACAUUAAACCAAGUGCGGCUCAACAACUAAUUUGUUUCACCCGAAUGUAGUCCUUAUUCAUUAUGCGAGCUAAUUGUUUAACUUGUAAGCAGGGUCAUCCAUUCAUACAAAAACAAACAAACAUACAGAGAUCUAUUUACAUAUAUGAAUAUGUACAACACCUAAAAAGAAACACACAAACAAAUCACAUAGCCACAGCCACAACAAAUGAAAGAAAAAAAAGAAAUAGAAAUGUUUAAUGCAUACAGAUAUAUAUAUACAUAUAUAUAUAAAUACUUUAUUAAAAUACAAUAGACUUUAAGUAUUUGUUUAAACUUAACUUAAUUUAAUAUUUGUAAUAUGUAAUGCAUAAUAUAAUAGAACAUAGAACUCUUGCUACGACAGCUGGACCGCCUCCUGCGGUGCGGACGGGGGCUGUCUGUCUUAGUAGAAGAAGAAGAAAGAAAGGGAAUAGGCGAGAAAGAGAGAGGAGCGAAGAGGGGGCCAACACCGCCUCGCAUUGUCCAAGUCCGCUUAAAACUACAACAAACAAACAACAGAUCCACCAAAUUGCAUAAAGAAAGAAAAGAAAAAGAAAAAACAGAAUACGAUUUUUCCGAUUAACGUUUUUUUGUGUAUGUAUUUGCGCUCAUUACAUAGAUUCUAAUAUAUAAUAGUACACAGAUAUACAUAUAUAUAUAUAUAUACUAUAUAUAAAGAUAUAUACAAAUUGAAAAGAGAAUUUUAUAUUUUAAUAAAAAUCUAAUACAGCGUAUGGCAACAAGAACAAAGAGAGCUACAAAAACGUGAAAUGAGAUGUCAACUUCUAUAAUAAUAAAUAAUAAUAAUAAUGAUAAUAUUAAUAAUAAACAACAAAAAAAACCCAACUCAAAAAAACUUCAAUGAUGUAUA